UCAAUACGUUCAACCAUUUACCCAUUUACCCAUUUACCCAUUUAUUAUUGCUUCAAUCACAACACAACAUGGCGUGCAAGAAGAAGACUAGGCUGUGGGACCCGAUGGCCAAAGAUGCCGACUACAUGAAGACCACCACUCAAGAAAUGCUGGAAGAGGGGGCCAAAGUGCAGAGGGCGGUUCGCUCGCUGGAACGGAAACUGGUCAACUUUCAGUCAUUCAAUAUGGAUGAUCCCCGCUAUGGGUCUGCCCACAUUGAAGACGAUCUGGAACUUCCUCUGGUCACCAGCUACAUGCGAAACUACUCCCAGCCAUAUCCCUCGCGCCUCAAGCCUCUGGCUCCGAAGUCCGAAACCCCUGAUCCCAUGUUCAAUCGCUUGCCCACAAACGACUUCGAAGCCAAGACAGGACUGGCCUUCAAGUUCCUCGAUGAUCAUAUGCACAAUGUGAGCGAAGUGCGCAAGAAAGUUAACUUUUUCAGGCAACUGAGAAACCAAUCAUUCUUUCAAUAUUGAGUAUGACCGUCAAUGGACUGUGGACUGUGGACCCUACACUCACAUCGUUCUUCGUUCUUUUAAUUGAAAAUUUGUAUAUGCUAUGGUCGAUAUAUAGUGGUCGAACGGAGUUUGGAAGGGGGAAUAAAACCCAUUUGUUGCAUGCC